CCGAAGGCGAUGGAGGCGGAUGAGGGGGGUGUGCUGGCCUCAGUGGUCGACGUCUACGACCUGGCCAGUGAGAUCGGCAAAGAAUUUGAAAAGCUGAUCGACGCGCACGGCGCAGAUUCGCUCACCAACAUGAUGCCCAAGCAGGGCUCCUGACCUUUGCUUGUUCCUCAGGUGAUCAGUGCCCUGGAGCAGCUGGAGCGUCUGGCCAUGAAGAACGAACGCGAAGACUCCACCCUGCAGGACCUGCGGGCCAAGAUCGCCCUGCUGGAGAGCGACAAGCAGGAGAAGGCGCAAGACCGCUGCAAAUUUGAAAAGGAACUGGAGCAAAUCGAGGAGCACUGGCGGGCCGAGUCGAGGGAGCUGGUGGCGCUGGUGUCCAAACUGCAGGAGGAGAACCGCAGACUGGCCGGACAGCUGAUGGAGGAGCCGCCGCCACCUUCAGCGUCCCCUGAUGGCAACCAGAUGGAGGCCUCGUUCAUGGGACAGCUCAGGGACACGGCUGACGUGCUGCGGGAGCAGAACCGAAACAAGGAUCGCGAGCUGAAGGCGCAGAAACACGAAAUUGAUAAUCUGCAGUCACAGCUGGAACGGAGCACGGCGGUGGCGAGAGAGCUGCGUCGAAAACAGAAAACCUAUCAAACCCAGGUGCGGAGCCUAUUGGAGGAGCGAGCUGACUUUCUGGCACAGCUACAAGAGCAAUUUCGCGAGGUGGCAUCCCUAAGACAGCUGCUUGGCCUAGCACAAAAAGAAAACAUGGACCUGGCCGAGGGUCACUCAGGAGCCCAGAACGGCUCAACGCAGGUGCAGAACCUGCUGGCGGAAAAAUCGAGGCUGGAAGCCCACAUCCAGCAGCUGGAAGCGCAGCUGGCCGCCCUUACAGCCCCAGCGCCUGCUGCGGCGCCGGAACCAGGUCCUUCUGACGACAGCGGAGAGGGGGAGGAACCCGCCGUGCAGGGACCGCUGCCCUACGAGCCGGACGACGUGCCGUGGAAGCGAGCAGGCGAGUCUGGAAUCAGAAAAUUCUUCCGAAAGCUGUUCGGGGACGCCAACCAACUGGCCUCCCCUAAACGAUCCCUUUCUGCCCUUUCGAAACUCACCCUCUCCUCUGAUCCCCUUGUCUAACAUAUCCAAAUUGAACCCACACCCCCUCCAAGGGUAGCCUGCUGAAAGGAAAAACGAGUCUGAGUUGUUUGUGAUCUGAUCAUUCGAGUCAUUCCCUUUUUGAUAGUCUGUAUUUUAAGACAGUGAAUCUCGAUAGAAGAGCCAAUUUUUUAAUAAUUUACCCAUUUUUAAAAGCCAAAAGCCAACCCAAGGAAAAAUUGCAUUUAUCUUAUUACUAUAUUGCUGUUAAGAAAACUAAUAAAACAGGCCAUUAUCCAGUCGGUUGGUAGGAAAGCAGACAUUCUUACUAUGUAUUAUAGGCAUUUAGCGAUCACAUUAUGUAUUACCACGCUUUAGUCAAACAAUAUGUGCUUUUUAGAGGCCUAAAUUAGUUAAGAGUCGAUAAACAGAAUUUUAAUUUGUCUUCUGAACUUACUAUAUGUAUGUAUCCAAGCACUGUACCAAAUAAAGAAUAAAAAUAAACUA